ACAGAUGCUUUAUUUGAGUCUUUUGAGAAACGAGGGUGGAAGAGGGUAACCCAGACUGCCAAUCUAACUUGGUCCCUGAAGCCUUCAAGAUGGAGCAGAGCAAGGACUUGUCGAGGGAGAUUGAGAAGGCUUUCGGAGAGCACGGUAUGGGCCUGUUGACAGUCUCGGGAGUCCCGGGGCUCUCUGAAAAGCGCCGUUCCAUCCUUCAUCUAGCUUACGCGUUCGCCUCUCUGCCCUCGACUGUCCGGGCGAAAUACGAACAUUCGUUGAGUUCUUAUUCCUUCGGUUGGAGCCAUGGGAAGGAAUGUUUGCAGGAGGGACGGCCUGACUUGCUGAAGGGUUCAUAUUACGCCAACCCCUUGCACGACACCCCCUGCUCCGACCAGAACCUCAUCGAGAAAUACCCAGCGUUCCUCCAUCCCAACAUCUGGCCCACUGCCGAUCUUCCCGCCUUAGAGCCGGCCUUUAAAGACAUGGGAGGGUUGAUCGUGGAGGUCGGGGCGCUGGUGGCACGGCAAUGCGAUUCCUACGUCUCUAGGAUGUGCCCUGCGUACCCCCCCAACAGACUGGAGAAGAUCGUGAGGGAGUCAAGGGUGUGCAAAGCCCGGCUCCUGCAUUAUUUCCCCAUUAUUCCGGAAGGAAAGGGCCCUGAUGGUGCAGCUAGGGGAUGGGAAGGGACGGGAGAGGCUUGGGCGGGUGCCAGCGAAUGGUGUGGCUGGCACAAUGACCACGGUUCACUUACGGGGCUGACGUCGGCACUCUAUGUGGACGAAGAAGGGGAGGAAGUUGAUUUUAGCGAUUGCUUUGGCAAGGGUGUGCAUGGAGGGUUAGAAAAGGAGGAGGGGGGCCUCUUCGUGCUCAGCCGGAACGGGCAGGUGGUGAAAGUCAACAUCCCCCCCGACCAUCUGGCCUUCCAAAUCGGCGAGACGGCCCAGAUUCACUCCGGAGGCUUGUUAAAAGCUACUCCACACGCGGUCAAAGGGACGACGUUGGCCAAGCGAAGGCUCAGUCGAGAGACGUUUGCGGUGUUCAUGGAGCCGGAGAUGGACGAGUCCAUGACUAUGCCCGCAGGUCGAUCGCGCGAAGAUGUCACCCAAAAAAUCGGUGAUAGGAUUCACGAGAAAGGGGCGCAUGUGCAUCUGCCCUCUUUGGACAGUCGAUGGGAGCCAGGCAUGUCUUUUGCCGAUUUUACGGCCAAGACACUCGCGAGCUACUAUUGA